AUGCCAAAUGGGGAAAAGCAGAGAUUACUAAGAAAAAACACUGAUGUUGAUAUCAAGUAUGUCAUAGAUAAUCCUGAUAAUCGUAAAGUCCAUAGAAUAAGCUCAGUGAUUCUCCCUGAUAGUGGAGAAAGGGUUCACAGAUCUUUAUCAUUUUCAAAUUCAAACUUCGAAAGUUUUGAAAAUGCCAUAAUGGAUAGAGAUGAAGCAAUUGAUGAUUCUAUCGAUGAAUCAUUCGACUUUCCUUCAUUGAUACAACUGGAUAUAUCAAUCAGGGAUAGGAUAAGGUUGUUCAUGUAUUAUUUGAUGAAUCGAUUCAAUGAGAUGUAUAACGAUGAAAAAUUCAAGAAUGUUUUGAAAUGUUCCUUUGCUUACUUGAUUGCAUCACUUGGUAUCUUUUGGUCACCAUUCAAUUCAUUCUUGGGGAAAUCCGAUAUGAAACAUGUCAUAUCAACGGUAGUGGUAUAUUUUCAUCCAUCGAGAAGUAAAGGUUCAAUGCACAUCACAUUGAUUUAUGUCACAAUAUCAUUGAGUUACAGUUUUAUAAUCAGCUUCCUAUGCAGAUUUUUGUCGUCAUAUUUCUAUAAGAAUGGGAGUGAAGAAAUAAGCUAUUCAAUCGAUUUGUUGAUUGCUUCAACAAGUCUUGGAGUCAUCGCUUAUAUGAAACAAAAAAUCAACAAAGAGACAUUUAACACCGCUUGUUCUUUGGCCUCGAUUUCAAUUGUAGCAUGUAUCAUCAAAGAGGGAAGCUUGAAUGGUGCUGAUAUUCCGAUAGAAAGGUUGAACUCAACUUUGAAAAUUGUUGUCACAGGUUGUAUAAUUUCUGUAGCUAUAUGUUACACCAUAUAUCCCCAAAAUGCAUUGCAAAAUCUUAAAAAUGACUUAAAUGAAUGUUAUAAGAUUAUGUCUUCGUUGUUAUCCUUGGUUACCAAGAGAUUCUUGACCGGAGAAAAAUUGAGUAACCAGGAUAACGAAAUUUUCAAUAAAUUAAAAUCCAGAAUUCGUACAUUGGAUAAGAAUUUGGAAGAGUCAAAAUAUGAACUCUAUGUUGUAGGAAAAGAAAGUGAAUGGGUAAAACUUGAACAACUUGUAAAUAUAACCAAAAGUUUAGCCAAUCAUUUAUUCGCUUUAAGGAGUUCAAGCGAAAUGCAAUGGCAAUUAUUGCAUGAAGUGGAUCAAAACUCAUCUUCUUCGGUAGCUUCAAGCUUGAAAAGUUAUCAUUCUAGCUUAAUGGUAUCCCAGUCUGUUGAGAAUUUGGUAAGUAUUGGGAAUGAAGCCAAUAUCUCCAAUGUUAGUGGAGGUGACUUGGAUUACACAGCUAUAAAUUCAGCUCAAAUAUUUGAUUUAUUCGUCUAUUACUUAGCUCCUUCCAUGAAGGCUUUCAUUUUCACCCUCAAAAAUAUCUUGAAUGAUGUUCCAUUUGAUUCCCGUAAUAUUCAAGGGUCGUAUAACAAGACUCAAAAGUUCAAAAAAUCUUUAAGAAUUGCCCUUAAUUUAUUCGAUGAAAAACAAUUGAAAUCAUUUGAUAAAUUGUAUAAUCAAGAAAUCUUCAAAAGCAAGAAUGAUCUUCUUUUCAGAUCUGAUUUGGAAGAAGUUACAGCAUGUUGUGGAAACUUCUCUUCUUUGCUACAAUUAUUUGGGAAGGAACUAUCAUCAUUCUUGAAUCUUUUACACGAUUAUAAUGAUGGAAUGAACGAAGAAUUAGAUUAUAGAACUUGGGAAUGGUUAAAAAUAUGGAAAACUAGGGACGUCAAACCUAAAAAGAUCAAUAAAAAUAAUAUCAACGAUGCUUUAUUAUUCAUUCAAAAUCAAUACUCCCUCAAUCCUGUUGACUCUUCAGACUAUUACUUUUAUAGAUUGUGGAAAUAUUUGAAAGUGUUGAGGAGAACUGAUGUUCAAUUCGGUAUAAGAGUGGGGUUAGGUGCUUUUGUCCUAUCAUUAUUUGCAUUUUAUCCUCGUACCAAAUUGUUUUUCAAUAAUUGGAGAGGCGAAUGGUCCUUGACGAUAUAUUGUAUCAUGAUGAAUAAAAGUUUGGGUGGGACUCAGAUGACAGUUAAGUGGAGAAUUUUAGGUACAUUUUUGGGGUCCCUUUCUGCAUAUCUUGUAUGGAUUAUGUUUGAUGGACAUCCGGUAGCAUUGGAUUUAGUUGGGGUGUUAAUAAGUAUUCCAUGUUUCUACAUAAUUAUUUACUGGAAGAAGAACAAUCCAUUUGGUAGAUUUAUCUUAUUGACUUAUAAUUUAACAGCCCUUUAUUCCUACACCAUCGAACAGCAUGAUCUGGAGGAUGAUGGGGAAGGUGGUGAUAAUCCAAUCAUCGGAGAAAUAGCUUUCCAUAGAUUUGUAUCUGUCAGUAUUGGUAUUAUUUGGGCCAUUACAAUGGCUUCGAUAUUCAUACCCAAUAGUGCUAGAUCUAGAUUGAAGAAUGGAUUAACAAUUUUAUGGUUGAGAUUAGGAAUUGUUUGGAAUAGUGAUCCUCUAGAUUAUUCCUAUGACUCAAAAAUGGGUAAGAACAAAUUAAUUAGUCUCAAAGGGGAAAUGGGGUUGAAUGGUUUCUUAGAUGAGCUUGAAUUGUUAUUGAAACAGGCACCAUUAGAAUUUAGGUUGAAAGGGAGAUUUCCCAGCAAUUUAUACGAAAAGCUCAUUCAUCAUACUUCGAACAUCAUAGAUGCAUACCAUAAUAUGAUUCUUAUGAUAGAAGUUGAUCCUAUUUUAAGUGACAAUGAAGAAUACGUCAUAAGAUAUAUCGAACAAGAACGACACGAACUUGAACAUCGUAUUUUCUUAGUAUUUUACAUGAUUGCCAGUUCAAUAAAGUUGCAAUUCCCAUUACCCAACAAACCUGCAUCCACAGAGCACGCAAAAGACAGAUUAUUGUACAAAUUGAAUGAAAUCAGGUCCACCACCUUGGUCAAUAGUGACGAUGAAUCAAACAAUAAAAGUGAGGUUUUAUUGGCCAAUGAGGAUUACGUGUUAUUAUACUCCUAUAUCUUAGUGACUUCAACUAUUACUGAAGAGUUGGAUAAGAUCAUAGCUGUUAUAAAACAAUUAAUGGGUAACAUCAGUGAAGAAAUGUUCCAUUUAGUUUAA